AUGGCGCAAGCACUAUCAGAAGAGGAGUUUCACCGUAUGCAGGCCCAGCUUUUGGAGCUGCGAACACAAAACUACCAGCUUUCAGAUGACCUGAGAAAGAACACCGCAGAACUUAACAAUGUCCGGCAGAAGACCUUGACCUUGGAGAAAGAUUAUGUCAAAGCACAGAAGGCUCUUAAUAAGAGCAAGAAAGCACAGGAAGUGGAUGCAUUACUUAGUGAAAAUGAGAUGCUCCAGGGAAAACUGCACAGCCAGGAAGAGGAUUUCAGACUACAGAACAGCACCCUCAUGCAAGAACUGUCCAAGUUAUGUUCCCAGAUUGAGCAGUUGGAACAGGAGAAUCAGGGGCUGCGGAAGGAAAAGGGCCUUCAAGAUCCUGCCCCCAGCCUUGUUUCUGGUCCAACAGAUGGAGAGCUUCUGCGCUUACAAGCUGAGAACUCCGCCCUACAGAAGAAACUGUCAGCCCUUCAGGAGCGGUAUGACCGUGAUCUAAACCGUUUGCGAAGAGUGGAUGCUACAGAUGGGCAGGAGACAGUGAUCGAUUGCAAGGCGGACUCCAAUGGUCUCCACCAGUUGCACGGGGAUCCGGGUGACCCUGACAAUGAAACAGCAGCUGCUUCAGCCAGUGAAAGACCAGAUCAGGCAAAGAGUGGCUUUUUGGAGACAAGAUCAAACAACUUAAGUGAAGUGGAGCUGAAGCUUCAGACAGAGAUGGAGGAGAAGCGGUUACUAAAAGAGCAGCUUCAAGCCCUGGAGGUAUCCAAGCAAACUGAAUAUACCAAAUUCCAGGAGGAGAGUGCUAAGCUUACUGAGAAACUAAGGAAGAAACAGGAAAGCUUCAUGCGGCUCCAGGGUGAGAAAGAGGCUCUCUAUAACGACAGCAGGACUAAAAUAGAAGAGAUACAGCAGCGCAAAGAGGAGGAUCUGAAGUCUAUAAACCUGCGUGUUCAGAGACUGCAGGCUGAUUUAAUGACUGCUAACCAGAAUGUUGCAGAGCUGAAGGAGCAGUUGCAGAGCAAGCAGAAAGAGCACGAGGUGGCACUCCAUGCACUUAAAGAUCAGGUAGCGUGUCAAAGUGCGGUCAGUCAGGAGCAGGUGGAGAGCAUGCUGAGUGAGAAUGAGGCUCUCAGGACUAACCUAGCCGCCCUAGAACAGAUCCAGACAACAAAAACUCAGGAGCUGAACCUGUUGAGGGAGCAGAGCAUGGCGCUUAACGUGGAGCUGCAGCAGAGACGCACAGAGCAGGAGAGUUUAUUGGCACAGAAAGAUGACCUCAACUCCCAGUUACAGGAGUCGAAACGUGCCAGCAGCAGAUUAUUAGAGCAGAUCUCUGAACUGGGCCUGGAGAAGGACAAAUUACAGCAAGACAUAGAGGAAGUCAGAAAGACAGCAGACAAGCGCAAGGCCAUGCUGGACGAGCUGGCUAUCGAGACGGCGCAGGAGAAGUCCCGGCACAAAGAGGAGCUUAGUGAUUUGCGGCUCCAGCACGAAAAGGAGACACUAAGCAUCCGGGCGCGCUAUGAAAAGGAGCUCCGCAGCCUGCACGAGGACAAGAACCGCACGGAGGAGGAGAUCCGUGCCCAGCUACGUGAUGAGAAGGCUCGCACUAAAGAGCUGGAGGGUCUACAGCAGAGUGUGGAAGAGCUCCAGGCUCAGGUCCAGUCCAUGGAGGGCACCAAGGGCUGGUUUGAACGCAGACUUCAGGAGGCUGAGGAGACUAUGGAAAAAAAUAAAUUGGAACAUACAGAUGAGAUUCAGAGACUGCAGAAAGAUCAAACUCUUAAACUUGAGGAGAAAGCAAGUGAGAUGAAUGCUGUGAAAGAACAGAUCACCAGUAUGGAAAAAGAAAGAGAGGAUCUUAAUAACACCAUCGUUAAACUCAAACAGGAGAUAAGAGACACCGUAGAUGAACAGAAGAUUCUGGAGAAGAAAGGCAGUUCAGCACUUAAAGACUUGAAGCGACAGCUCCAUCUAGAGCGCAAAAGAGCAGACAAGCUGCAGGAAAGACUACAGGAGAUACUGACCAACUCCAAGACCAGGACAGGUCUGGAGGAGCUAGUGUUGUCCGAAAUCAAUUCUCCGAGUCGGACGCAGCAGACGGGCGACAGCAGCAGCAUCUCCUCUUUUAGCUACAGAGAGAUGAUGAAGGAAGGAGCCUCAGCACAGACCACCAAUAAGUCUAACACUGGCAGUCCUCAGUCUCAGAGACCUGCUGACCUUUCUGAUGACGAGGUCAAUGAACUCUUCCAGAGACUGGCUGAGGUGCAACAGGAAAAGUGGCUUCUGGAGGAGAAGGUGAAGCACUUGGAGGUCAGCUGCUCCUCAAUGGCUGAUGACAUCUGCAAGAAGAGUGCCAUAAUAGAGACUUACGUUAUGGACAGCAGGAGAGAUGGAGGUGGGACUGUAUCUCACGUUGCUCAUCCAGGAGAGAGGGGAGGUCUGAGUUCAGUACUCAGGGAUCUCGUUAAACCCGGAGACGAGAACCUGCGAGAGAUGAACAAGAAGCUGCAGAAUAUGCUAGAGGAACAGCUUACCAAGAACAUGCAUCUGCAGAAGGACCUGGAGUUGCUGUCUCAGGAGAUUGUGCGUUUGGGUAAAGAAAACGGUGCUGCACAAAGCCCCAAAGCUACAGGCUAGAACUGACCGACGUGAUCCACCUCUUACACUUACUUCCCAUGGCUACAAAGAGAAUUUGCAUCGACUUUACGCAGACCGGAUGACCGGGCCUGAACCUUGCACAUGCCAGGAGGAAUAAGAGUGUCCAUUUAUCCGCCAGUCCUCUACUGCUGAAUGUACUUAACACUGUAACACUUCUUGUCUCUGACGCUACCAGAGCUGGGCGGUUAUUCACUCGCUUGCUGGCUGUCCACGAGCGCUUUAUGUUUUUGAGCUGCUGCAGUCGGGGCUGAACUGGUUGGUCCGAAACGUAUACCAACCGUACACGCUACACAUUCAUCCGUCCUGCAGAGACUGCAGUCGGUCCUUCAAUGCUACUACGGCUGGUUUGUGUGUCCUGUAAAUCUGCUUCAUGUCAUU